AAAUCCUUAAGCAAGUUCAAUUAUAGCAUCAAUAGCUUUCAUCUCAAAACAGAAUCAAACUUCACUUCCUUUUCUUCCUCACACCACACACCACCACCUUUCUCCAAUCACACCUCCCUUAACCGCUUCUCAACCGAUGCCGAGCCACGAAAUAAACCAACACCGGUCCAAAACCCGACCGUCCACAUCAACCUCAGCAACCCGUCCAAACCAACCGGUCCAACCGCGAAUCCCGCUACGGAGACUACUCCGAGUAGCUUCCGUAGCAAGCGGAAUCCAAUUCGGUUGGGCUCUACAGCUCUCACUCUUAACCCCCUAUGUUCAGCAACUCGGCAUUCCUCAUAAAUGGGCGAGUAUCAUCUGGCUCUGCGGACCGGUCUCCGGUCUAUUCGUCCAGCCGUUGGUUGGACAUUUAAGCGACCGGUGCGCGAGCCGGUUCGGUCGGAGGAGGCCGUUUAUUUUAGUCGGCGCGACGUCGAUCGUCGUCGCGGUUGUUAUAAUCGGUUACGCGGCGGAUAUUGGCUGGCUGAUUGGGGAUGAUGUUAGCCAGAGUUAUCGGCCGUUUGCGAUUGGAGUUUUCGUGUUCGGGUUUUGGAUUCUUGAUGUUGCUAAUAAUGUUACGCAAGGGCCUUGUAGAGCUUUGCUCGCUGAUCUUACCAGAAAUGAUGCUCGAAGGACACGUGUUGCAAAUGCUUACUUCUCUCUGUUUAUGGCCGUUGGUAACAUUCUUGGCUAUGCAACUGGAUCAUACAGUGGUUGGUACAAGAUAUUUACUUUCACAAUUACCCCUGCUUGCUCUAUCAGUUGUGCAAAUCUCAAGUCUGCUUUCUUUCUCGACAUUAUUUUCAUUGCGGUAACGACAUAUCUCAGCAUUGUGUCAGCUAAUGAAGUGCCUCUAAGUUCAAGUGGGGCAGCACAUGCUGGAGAAGGGGCUGGAGAGUCAGGUGGUGCGGAAGAAGCUUUCAUGUGGGAAUUGUUUGGGACAUUCAAAUAUUUUUCAAUGCCUAUCUGGAUAGUACUGUCUGUAACUGCUCUAACAUGGAUUGGGUGGUUCCCAUUUACUCUAUUUGAUACUGAUUGGAUGGGUCGGGAAAUUUACGGUGGUGAUCCAAAUGGAGGCCUUGUUUAUGAUUCUGGAGUUAGAAUGGGAGCACUUGGUUUGUUGCUUAAUUCAGUUGUUCUUGGAAUAACAUCAUUGCUCAUGGAAAGACUAUGCAGGAAGCGAGGGGCUGGUUUUGUGUGGGGACUCUCAAAUAUCUUUAUGACUAUUUGCUUUAUGUCAAUGUUAGUAUUAACCUAUGUGGCAAAGAGCAUUGGCUACGUAGAAAAAGGUCUACCACCACCAACAGCCAUUGUGAUCGCAGCAGUAGCAAUCUUUACCAUUCUCGGGUUUCCACUGGCAAUCACUUACAGUGUUCCAUAUGCCUUAAUUUCCACACAUAUCGAACCAUUGGGACUUGGCCAAGGGUUGUCAAUGGGUGUCCUGAAUCUGGCAAUAGUGGUCCCGCAGAUCAUAGUGUCCUUGGGAAGUGGACCAUGGGAUCAGUUAUUCGGUGGAGGAAACUCUCCAGCCUUUGCCGUGGCAGCGGUUGCAGCCCUUUUUAGUGGACUCUUGGCUUUAUUAGCUAUUCCCCGAACUGGUACACACAAGCCUCGAAGCCGUGUAUGAGGUAUCACAUGCUGUUUUCUUUUGGCACUUAUUUAUUUUGAAGAGGGACAGUGAAAAUGAACAGGUCGAAAGAAUUUGUAAAUAGUUAUUGUUUCUGUUGCCUUAUUCUUGAGUUUUCCUCUCCUCAAGAUUUCAACCUCCCCCUCAUUUUCUAAUGAAUCAAUGAAACAUUGGCUGUGUUGUUAUCUUAUUGGUCAAUAUUAAAACGAACAGCCUGAUUUUCGUGGGUUACUAUUUUCUGAUGCAAAGAAUGCUUCGGUAACCAAUUUUUUGCCAAAAUCUCAAUAAUUUGAGUAGUCUGUUUAAAAUAUAGAGGUUGGUUUGCUGUAAGGAAAGGACAACAAUACUUUUCUUGAUGUGUAAGUAACAAUAUAAAACAAGAAAUUCAUAUAUAA